CCCGCCAAGCCGGACAAUAACGUUGUUGCCCCGCGUACUUGGCAAGCCCAUUGAGGCAUCGAUCGCUCACUGCGGGGGGUGGGGGUAGAUCCCGUCUUGAUGAUGACGAUCCCCCCCUCUCCCCCCCGGUGGCGGCGGAGGUGGCCGUGGCCGUCCUUUCGCGUGCGUUCUGUACGCGUAAGCCUAAGCCCAAGCCCAAAACCAUUGAAGAUCAUUUUACACGCACCGCGCGGCGCUGGGUUCAUUUAUUUAUUUAUUUGCGGGUCUCCGGGCCGUCGCGCAGUCUGGUGCCAGCCUCCCAGCGUUCGGACGUCCGAGCCGAGUCGAACGCGCCAUGCACCAUCUUCAAAGCGACAACAUGGCAUUCUGUGAAAAUAUUUUCGGUCCACUGACAAUAAUGCACGAAUUCGCCGUCUCGUAUUUACGCACCCGACGUGUGUGAUGAUGCAAGAUGGCUGCAUUGAACAAACCCGAGCGUGUCUCAUCCCUCGGCGGUGCUGCUGCUGGCCCAAUGCAUCGCGGGUUUCUCAGAGCGUGGCAGCCGCAUCAACUUGUCCUCUUAAGCCGUCUAAGCAAGCUCUCAUAUUCUUGUCGCCCUCGAAUGUUAUCUACUUGACCGCACAGUUGCUGCGUACAUACACGCACAUAUACACCGACCACGACCUCAACCGAGAACAACAACACCAGAAUCGUGCCCAUUCACCAACCCACCGCCCGUCAUGUCCACCGCAGGGGGAUACGCAACCGCUCUCGUCGCAGCCGCAAGCGCCACGCUCCUCCUUGUCGCCUACCGCGACUACCGCGCAUACAUCGCCUUGGGCCCCCACGGCCUCCCAGACACCCUCUGGGGCUGGUACACGCAGCUUAAGCUUUCUCGAUAUGCUCGCAAGGACACGACAGUCCCCGCGCCGUACGACAUCGAAGCCGAAAAGGAGCGCUACGGCCCGCAUGCCACCGAAAGCUUCCUUCAAGAUAGCAGCAGCCUCCGGCAGCUGCGACGCGGCGUCCGGCCGACCAUUCCGGGCUUCGUCGCGCCGCAGCGGCAGUUGAGCGCCCUGGCGUCCCCCGAGAUGAAGGAGCAGAUGAACGACUUCCUGCGCGCCCUGGUGGCGGCCAACCCCGCCGUGCUGCAGCACGAGCUCUCCGUGCUCGAGGGUCUCGUUCCCGCCGUGCAGCUCAAGAGCCAUCUUGGCGUCGCCGCCAGGCCGGUGUUUUUGAAAGCGACAAAGGGCGAGAUGAUCCACGUCCACCCCCCGGACGGCAGCACGCACCUUACGCUGUCGCUGGCCGACUCUAGGUCCGUCAUUGAGCAGGGUUGGGGCCAGCGGCAUAGGCUGAGCGGCGGGCUGCUCGGCUGGGGAUACACCCUGGUUUACGCCCCGCGCGAUGAGCGCGAGUUUGACGUCUGGAAGGGCCUCGUUUGGGCUGCGGCGCGGUAUUGCUGCGCUGGCAUCCAGGAGUUGAAGCACCCUUGACGCGUUGUCUGGCCCAACUAAAGGCCAUCUCCUUGCGCUCUUCUGUACAUUUUGCGUGGUUUGCAUCGGGUUGUAUUACUUAAUUAGCAACUCGUGUAUUUUUAUCUGAGAAAAGGGC